UUGAUCCCUUCUUUUUUUCUGAAAACAUCCAGAGUGGUUUACCAAGUGUUCCAAAGCUGCACCAUGUCAGAGGCUGGUUCUAUUGGAAGCUACAACAGCAGUUUUCCGAACACCGGCGCCUGGAACAUCAACGGAAGCGGCCCCUGGUUGCUGGCCUUCCUGCUGACUGUUAUUAUUCUCAUUACUGUGUGUGGAAAUGUGUUGCUUAUUGCGUUGGUGUUUGCACACCGCUCCUUACGUUGCACCUCCAAUUGUUUCCUAGUGUCCUUGUUCCUGUCGGACCUCAUGGUGGCGCUGGUGGUGAUGCCCCCAGCCAUGCUGAAUGUUCUGUGCGGGGCCUGGGUGCUCUGGCCGGCCUUCUGCCCUGUUUGGCUGUGCUUCGACGUCAUGUGUUGCAGCGCCUCCAUUCUCAAUCUGUGUGUCAUUAGCUUGGAUCGCUAUGUCUUCAUUAUCUCGCCACUGCGGUACAAGCAGAGGAUGACCCUCCCUCGGGCGUUGCUCCUGGUGGGUGCCGCGUGGGGGUUGGCAGCGCUGGCGUCUUUCCUGCCCAUCGAGAUGAAGUGGCACAGCUUGGGCAACCCAAGCGGCCAGCCGCCGACUCCCGGGGUCGGCAACGUCAGCUCAAACUCGCUGUACCCGGCGUCCUACUUCCAGGUCUCACCGCCCGGGGGACUAUACUUCCAGUGCCGCCUGCAGGUCACCCUGCCCUUUGCUCUGGUGGCGUCCGUGCUCACCUUCUUCUUGCCUUCCGGUGCCAUCUGCUUCACAUACUGUCGGAUUCUCCUGGCAGCUCGUAGACAAGCCAAGAGGGUCGCCGCCCUGAGCCAUCCGCCGCACCCUCAUCCUUCUCUCGGGGAACCAUCCAGGCCUCCUUCACUUGGGGGUACAGCUCAGCAAGAUGGAGAUGACUGCAGCCACCAACAACCAUCAGUGUCGCAGAAUCUACCGCCGUCAGUGAACAGCGAGCGUCGCCUAGCCCACAGACAAGGUCGCAGGGCGCUGAAGGCCAGCUUGACGCUGGGAGUGCUUCUGGGACUCUUCUUCUGCACUUGGCUACCUUUUUUCAUCACCAAUAUGGCUCAGGCAGUGUGCGAGUGCAUCCCCCUGGCGCUCUUCGACGCCAUCACGUGGCUGGGCUACUGCAACAGCACCAUGAAUCCCAUCAUCUACCCACUCUUCAUGAGGGACUUCAAGCAAGCGUUGGGGAAACUCUUACCCUGCUCCGCCUCCUUACGUUCACCCAGGCAACCCUCACCGGCGCUAUCAUUGUCCCUGCGAAACUCAGGAGAACCCAACAUCUGCAGUGAACCCCAGUCACCGCUGGCUUCGGACACGACGCCGUUGCCGGUCACUGCUACGGAUGCAGUGAAUUUGUUGGACGCCGAGCAUGCUGGGAUAAACCUGCCUCUUCUUCUACCCAAUCAGGUGGUCACACUGGACUGA